AUGAGAAGAAAUGGUAAAGUAAAUGUUGAGAAUGCUGCUGAGCUUGUGUAUUUUCUUAUUAUUAUAGUGAAAGCUUUUGAAAUGGAGAUUGUACCUGCUAGAAGAAUUGUUGCACAGAUUGGAGAAACACUCGUACUCACAUGCAAUACUACUGGCUGUGCAUCACCAAGUUUUUCCUGGAGAACCCAGAUAGAUAGCCCCCUUGGAGGAACAGUGGACAAACAAAGGACAUACUCCACCUUGACAAUGAAUCCAGUUAGCAUUGUGAAUUCUCAUUCGUAUCUGUGUACUGUCUUCUGUGGUGAGAAAGAGAAAAAAGAGAAGAGUGUCAAAGUUGAACUUUACUCUUUCCCCAGUGAUCCUAUCAUUGAGAUCAGAUCGUCCUUAGUUGCUGGAGAACCACUCGUCAUCGUCUGCAAAAUUCCUGAUGUAUAUCCUGCUAAUCGCCUGGAAGUACUCAUAAAGAAAGAGGAACAAGUUCUUCAUGAGCAGAAUUUUUUUGAAGAUGACAGCACAAACACAGAGAGCAAAACUGUGACACAUUCAUUUUAUCCCACGGCUGAAGAUAUUGGGAAAGAGAUCUCCUGUGUGGCUAUGUUACCAAUUGCUGAUAUGGACUUUGAACCCAAAGAAAGAGUUGCUUCUCAGAAACUGAAUGCAAACUUUGGCCCACAAAAUACUGUCAUUACAGCAUAUCCAGGCACCUCAACAAUGGAAGAACACCCUCUAAAACUCACUUGUGUGACUGAGAGUAAUCCACCACCACAAAUAGUUUGGAGGAAACAGCUGGCUGAUGAGAGCAUUCAGCAUCUGAUAGAAAACAGUACCUUUUUUAUUCCCCGUACCCAUUUCACUGAUUCAGGCCUGUACAUCUGUGAAGUAAUUAAUUUGGUAACUAAUAAAACAGAGAAAGCAACUGUGGACAUUGUGAUACAAGGUGCUCCAAAUAUUACAGAACUCUCCAUUGAGCCUUCUACGACAGUUCAAGAAGGAAAAAAUGUCUCCAUACAAUGCUCUGCUGAGAGUAACCCACCUCCCAAGAUUAUUUUAAGGAGAAAAUCUGACAGUGCAGACUUGGGGCUUUACAGUGAGGGAAGAAUUCUUCUUCCGUCUGUGACAUUCCUAAAUGGAGGAGACUAUGAAUGUGUAGCAGAAAAUAAGUUUGGGAGAAGUAAAAGUGAAAUAACACUUAAUGUGGAAUGUAAGUGUUUGGCUGGAUUCUUCCUUUCAGAUGGACCAAAAAAUACGAUGGUCUCUGUUAUUCCUGCUACUGCUGUUAAAGAAGGAGAGACUGUGACGAUGAAAUGUACCAGUUCUGGUAAUCCAGCUCCAGUGAUCUCUUGGAAGAAAAAGAAGGCCACUGGGGAGUCUGAGGAAAUUUCUGAAGGUGCAACUUUAACUAUACAGAACGUAAAAAGUGAAGAUCUGGGCCUUUACCAGUGUGAAGCUUAUAACCAAUUUGGCAAAGACGAAAAAGCUGUGACGCUACUUGUUCAAGUUCCUCCUCAAAAUAUUACUGUGCUAGUAUAUCCGUCAGAAAAUGUUAAAGAAGGAGAAAAUGUCACUAUUACAUGUAGCACAUACAGUAACCCACCAGCACAGAUGGUCCUGAAAAAAGUCCAUCAGGAGAAAGAAAUUAUUUUGCCAUCAGUGAAUGGAACAUUUAUACUCUACAAUGUCACCAAAAAUGAUACAGGCAGAUAUUUGCUUGAUGUUUUCAAUGAGGUUGGAAACAAGAUCAAAGUGAUUGAGAUAGGUGUUGUAGGAAGAUUGGAAAAACCAGAUCAAAUGAUACCACUGAUUAUUGCAUUCUCCAGUGUAACAGCAGUAGCAGUACCUGUAGCUGCAAUUUUGAUCUACGUGUCAAGAAAAGCAAAGAUAAAUGGAUCCUACAGUCUUGUAAAAGCACUCAGGCUGAAAGUGUGAUCACAUGAAUAUAAGCCUUAAGUUCGUGAUAAGCGAUGUUAUUUAUUGUUGUGACUGGUUCUACUCUAUAAUGAAUGGUAACAAACAAGUGACUUAAG